AUGUGGCGGGGGCUGCCGCUGCUCGCCCUGGCCACGGUGGUGCUGCGCGGGGCGCCGCGGGCGCGGGCCGCGGCCUGCGAGCCGGUGCGCAUCCCCCUCUGCAAGCCGCUGCCCUGGAACAUGACCAAGAUGCCCAACCACCUGCACCACAGCACGCAGGCCAACGCCAUCCUGGCCAUGGAGCAGUUCGAGGGGCUGCUGGGCACCAACUGCAGCCCCGACCUGCUCUUCUUCCUCUGCGCCAUGUACGCGCCCAUCUGCACCAUCGACUUCCAGCACGAGCCCAUCAAGCCCUGUAAGUCGGUGUGCGAGCGGGCCCGCGCCGGCUGCGAGCCCGUGCUCGUGCGCUACCGCCACGCCUGGCCCGAGAGCCUGGCCUGCGACGAGCUGCCGCUCUACGACCGCGGCGUCUGCAUCUCCCCCGAGGCCAUCGUCACCGCCGAGGGAGCCGAUUUCCCUAUGGAUUCUAAUAAUGGCAACUGUAGAGGCACCGGCAGUGAGCGCUGCAAAUGUAAGCCUAUAAAAGCUACCCAGAAGACCUAUCUUCGGAACAAUUACAACUAUGUCAUUCGGGCUAAAGUGAAAGAGGUGAAGACUAAAUGUCACGAUGUCACUGCAGUAGUGGAAGUAAAGGAGAUUCUAAAAUCUUCUUUGGUGAACAUCCCAAAGGACACUGUAAACCUUUAUACAAACUCUGGUUGCCUAUGUCCACCACUCAGUGCCAAUGAAGAAUACAUCAUAAUGGGCUAUGAAGAUGAGGAGCGCUCUAGGUUACUCUUGGUAGAGGGCUCCAUAGCUGAGAAAUGGAAGGAUCGUCUAGGUAAAAAAGUAAAGCGCUGGGAUCAGAAACUCCGCCACCUUGGAAAGGGAAAAGGAGAACCUGGACAAAGUGAUUCAGCUCAGAAGUCUGGCAAAACCAGCAAUUCACGACAAGCACGUAAUUAGAUGUGAAAUGCUGUGUGUCAAAAUUCAAGGGACUGUAUAACAAGACUUGCAUUGUUGGAGCAACAAAGGAGAAAUUGCACUAUUGCACGUUAUAUUCUAUUGUUUACUACAAAAUAAUGUUUUAGCUUAUAUUAGUUUUAUUCUUCUUGGUGUCUGCCUUUUUUUCCUGGGUCUGUGCAAGCUCUGGAAAUACAUCCAUAUAUAUAUAUAUAUAUUUUUUUUUUUUCUGCUGGAAAACUGCCUUUAUGAGAUUGGGAAAGAUUAGGUCAUGCUGAAGUUACCAUUUUAUCUCAUGAAUCUUUUUAUGGAGAAGAUUCUGAUGUAAGCAGGAAUGAGAUCUAUCAAAGACUGAUUUAAAAUCAUGAUUUACACAGACUCCCUUGUGACCAAGCCUGUGAUAAGAAAGACUGGAACUCUGCAGAAAAUCAUAGCAGGAGAAGUGGAGGUUGUUGGAUUUUUUUUUUUUUUUUACACACACACACACACACACACACACACACACAUAUAUAUAUAUAUAAAAUAUAUGCGUAUAUUUGUGUGUGUGUGUGUAAAUUUUUAUUCUGAAAUAUAGCUACCAUAUAUGUGUGUACACACACACAUUUAGAGGCACAUGAUAUGUCUAGAAAAUGAAUGGAGAAGAAAAUUGUUUGAAGAAAAUUGUUUGCAGGUUUCCUCGCAGAAAAAUGGCAAGACAAAGUUUUUCUAGUAGAAAAACCACAGUUUGGAUGUUUAGUGCUGUUUAUGUAGUUACUUUUUUUUAUUUGGUCAUUGGUAGAAUUUCUUGUUCACAAAAGUACUAAUUAGCAUUGAGGAAAGAAAUUAUGUUGAGGUCUCUUUUACUCAGUACAAUUUUGUUAAAUUUGUAAGUAAUUUUGUAACUUGUGUAAACCAAAGUCUAACUUCAAAUAUUUACUGUGACAAACACAGUAUGCUUAUACACAAGACUUGAAUAUUGAACAUGUUGGGAAUACUUGGGAAACAUUGCAUUGUUCUGUUACCUUGGAACAUAAUUUACAAUAUAUUUUUUUCUCUCUUAUAAUGGCAGUUUUUUUUUCCCUUUUCUUUCAUUUCUCUGCUGAGUUGUAAGGGUAGACUGACUUACCAGGCCUGCUUCUCAGUACAGGUCUGCACUUUAUCAUUUUGAUCUUGUGGUGUUACUAUUAAAUCUGUGCCUACAUAAGCAGCAGUGUUCAAUGCUCAGUAAAAUAUGUCCAAUAAAAGAAUUGCCAACACAAA